AACAUUGCAAUAGACUCAUUUACGGCAGUGUGCAAACCGAAUUUACACUCUCUUUUCUAGCAAAGAUUAGAGCAAAUUUUACAAGAAUGCGGCAGAUUUAAAGGCUUGAUUUGUUCUAUAUCUGUACUUUGUGCUAAUAAUAUUCAUAUAUCAUAACUUUGAUAGAGACAGCACUGAAAAUUAAAGAUGGGUCGAAGAUCAAUCAACACCACAAAAAGUGGGAAAUUCAUGAACCCCACGGACCAAGCCAGAAAAGAAGCAAGAAAAAAGGAGUUGAAAAAGAAUAAGAAACAGCGAAUGAUGGUUAGAACAGCAGUGCUAAAGGGAAAGGACCCUCUAAAGUUACUGCAAGAAAUGGAAGUCAUAGAUCUGAUGGAAUUCAACCCUCUUGAUGCUCCAAAACUGAGUGAAAAGGUCUUAAAAGACAAGAGAAAGAAACUCAAAGAAACAUUUCAACGAGUUUUAAAGCUUUAUGAAAAGGAAAAUCCAGAUUUGGCAAAAGAUCUACAGAAGCAAGAGGUGGAAUAUGACAGAAAGAGAGAAAAACUUCAAGUGUAUUACGAACAAGUAAAAAAUGCAGAAAGGGUGAAAUUAGACCAGAUUCCUUUACCAGCUUUACCACAACAGGACACAACUACAUCAAUGAUACCUCUACCCAGUGACAUACCGUUGCCUAUAAGCCAAGAUAAACCACAUGGCAUAUUGAAGAAAUCUACCUUUGAGAAAAGUUUAUCAAAUUUUGACUUGGAAGCAGCGAGGCGACACCCACCUCCGGGUCCUCCCCCUGGACCUCCUCCUGCUCUUAGUGACAGUGAAGAUGAAGAGGAAUAUGACCCUGCCAAAGAUAUUGAGGAAAACAUUGGUACAGUUGAUGUAGAUGUGGAACAUCCACAUGAUGUCAUAGAUGAUCCCAUGGAAACAGACCAUUCAGCAGUGAGUAGCAAACAGAAGAAAAUUAGAUUUAUAGACGAUGACUCCAGAAAUCCAGAUGAAGAUGAAAAGGACACAAGGCUGAAGUAUGGUCGACCAAAAGCAGCUGGGGUUACUCCACUUCAGGCAAAAAUGUUGAAGUUGGCAGGGCAACAAGCUCCAGCCAAAGACAAAAAGGAGAAGAAAGUGGAGAGUGAUAACUCCGAUUCAGAGGAUGAGAAGACAGAAAAAUCACAAGACACGUCAUCACAUCUGACCGAGAGCUCAACUGUAGAAGGCACAGAAACACAGCAGGCAGGGAGAUUGGUUCCUCCAGGACCCCCACCUGGUGCCCCGCCAGGCAUUCCCCCUGCUGUACCCCCAGGACCUCCUCCCGGUGUACCUCCAAUGAUGUUCAGACCUCCCCCACUAAGAGGUGGUCCCCCAGGGGCUCCACCCAGAAUGUUACCCCCAGGCCCCCCUCCUGGACGACCUCAAGGAUUACCUCCUGGACCCCCACCAGGUUUACCUCCCAAUUUACAGAGAAUGCCUCCUGCUCCUCCAGGUGUACCCCCUCCCAGGAUCAUGCGACCUCCAUCUGGUCCCCCCGGUGUGUUACCCCCAGGACUCCCUCCCCCUCCAGGGGUGGGGCCUAAUCCUAAUGUCCUCAGUGCUCCUCCCAGCAUCAUGAAACCACCUCGUAAAUCAGGGGAGGAGGAGAAGAAAAACCUGGCCACCAUCGAGGCUAAACCACAAAUCAAGAACUUGAUGGGUGAUGUCACAAGAUUCAUGCCCACAGCCCUGAAAAUUAAGAGAGAAGGCAAGGAUGCCAAGGGCAGGAUAAAGUUUCACACAAAAGAAGAGGAGCGGCGGCCAUUAAGUAUGUCACAAGUGGCAGCACCAUCUGUGACAACAGCUCCGACAAAAACGAAGGACGAUGCCUAUGAUCAGUUCAUGAAGGAAAUGUCAGACUUAUUAUGACACUAUCAAGCAGACUACUUGAUCUUUUCUAGUAUGUCAAGAAGAAGUUCCCUCCCCUGACUGUGUUGGUGGUUUCAUCCAAACAGUAGUUAUGGCUGAUUCACAGUGUGUUGGAGUUCGGAUUUGUGACUUAAACAAGGGGACGAGACAGAUUUCCAAAGUGUCAUGGUUCAUAACAUAGUCGAUUGAUUUUGAAAUACAUAAUAUGUACAUGUAAAGAUAAGCAUUGUGAUGGACUAGUUUAUGAUUGCUAUUGAUAAAUGCAUGUUUACAGCUCAAAAUUCAUGUGUAAAUGCUUCCACCAGAAGUAUAAAGUAAAUGAAUUUGAAGAGUGAAGACUAUAUAUACAUGUAUGUAGUGCAGAAUAAGAUUUCUGUUAUGUCAUGAAAAGGUUUCAAUCAUUUAAUUAAAAAUGUCCAAUCGUUA